AUGGCUUCAUCUAACACCUUACAAAAGGCUAUUGAUCUUGUCACAAAAGCUACUGAAGAAGAUAAAAACAAGAAUUAUGAAGAAGCAUUAAGGCUUUAUGAACAUGGAGUAGAGUAUUUUUUGCAUGCAGUUAAAUAUGAAGCUCAAGGGGAAAGGGCUAAAGAGAGUAUUAGAGCUAAAUGUUUACAGUAUUUAGACAGAGCUGAGAAACUUAAAGAAUAUCUCAAAAAAGAUCGCAAGAAAAAGCCUAUUAAGGCUGGAGAAUCUAACUCUAAAAAUGAAGAUAAGAAGAGUGACAGUGACAGCGAUUCUGAUGAUCCUGAGAAAAAAAAAUUGCAGGGAAAACUUGAAGGGGCUAUUAUUGUUGAAAAACCACAUGUUAAAUGGAGUGAUGUUGCUGGGCUUGAAGCUGCUAAAGAAGCCUUGAAAGAGGCUGUAAUUCUUCCUAUUAAAUUUCCACAUUUAUUUACAGGAAAACGAAUUCCUUGGAAGGGAAUUCUUUUAUUUGGUCCCCCUGGUACUGGUAAGUCAUACUUAGCUAAAGCUGUAGCAACAGAAGCCAACAAUUCAACAUUCUUCUCUGUUUCUUCAUCUGAUCUAGUAUCUAAAUGGCUUGGUGAAUCUGAAAAACUUGUGAAGAAUUUGUUUGAAUUGGCUCGACAGCAUAAACCAAGUAUUAUUUUCAUUGAUGAAAUUGAUUCUUUAUGUUCUUCACGUUCAGAUAAUGAAUCUGAAUCUGCCAGACGAAUUAAGACAGAAUUUCUUGUUCAAAUGCAAGGUGUUGGCAAUGACAUGGAUGGCAUAUUAGUUCUUGGCGCUACCAAUAUUCCAUGGGUACUGGACGCCGCUAUACGACGACGUUUUGAGAAACGUAUUUACAUUGCUUUGCCAGAAGAACAUGCUAGGUUGGACAUGUUUAAAUUGCAUCUCGGAAAUACUAGGCACCAAUUGAGUGAACAAGAUAUGAAGGUAUUGGCCACAAAAAGUGAAGGGUAUUCAGGAGCUGAUAUAAGCAUUGUUGUUCGUGAUGCAUUAAUGCAGCCUGUGCGUAAAGUCCAAUCUGCUACUCAUUUCAAAAAGGUUUCUGGCCCGAGUCCUACCGAUCCUGAUGUAAUCGUUCAUGAUCUUUUGACUCCCUGUUCUCCUGGUGAGCCAGGAGCUAUAGAGAUGACCUGGAUGGAAGUACCGAGUGAUAAACUUGGUGAACCACCAGUGACAAUGUCUGAUAUGCUGAGAUCACUAGCAACUUCGAAACCUACUGUAAAUGAUGAUGAUAUGAUUAAAUUGAAAAAAUUCAUGGAAGAUUUUGGUCAAGAAGGU